CCGGUACCCUAGACAUCCGUCAGUACCGCAGUAGGUGUUGGGAGGCAUUUGAAAAGUGUGAAAUGGCAUGAGACGCUGAAAUCAGUAACGUUGUACUGUUGGUGGCUUUAUUAUAACUAUUAAGAAGCAAAGAAUGAGGUAGUAGUUUUUGUUGCAGCAUGGCUUCAGGAAAUAUAACGACGCAUCCAAAAAUUGCCACAACGUUUCCUUUGCAAGAGGAAAUUGAGAACGGAAGGAACAGACACGUUGUCAGGUGCCAACGAUGCCCGUCGAAGAUUCUGAAUCCAGGAAUGGGUGUCUACAAGCAGGUUGAGUUCCCGUUGCCCCACAUGAAGCAGAAAUCGGAAGUGCCGAGUAACCCUGAAGAAGAAGUGAUAAAGGACUACUGGGUUGUUGAAGAUAUGUAUUCAUUUGAAAAUGUGGGAUUCUCAAAUACAGUUUCUGGCGUCAAGUACUUGGCGUGUGCUGACUGCGAAGUGGGCCCUAUUGGUUGGUACGACAUUGCAGCACGCACCAGCUACGUAGCACUUUCACGUGUGUUACAUGGCAAUAUCUCUGGCAACAUCUAGUGCAUAUCAGUUAUAUUUUUUAUGUCUGCUGGUGCACUCUGGUCUAUGCAGUCCAUUUAGUUUUUUGCAACAAUAUGCCAGGCACCAUUCUGUGUCUUCCUUCUUGUUAUUUCUUUCAUUGUAAUAGCAGGUGCAUACUCUGAGAAAAUGUUAAUAAUUCUCUCUCUUCAGUGAACUUCAGAGCCUGAUACUUAUUAAAUGUAUUGUGCAAAAUACAGGUUUAGACUUUCAUUAGAAUACAUUUUUGGUUCACAUAUCAGCUACCACAGACUGCACAAAUGUGUGAGGUUUUUUGUGAUAGUUUCUAUAGAAACCGUUAAUUGUGUGUCAUGUAUUGUGCAUAAGUUCUGUCAGUAUCAUUUGGUGCUUCCAGACAUAGAAGUAUCAUUUCACUCUAGAGGAAGUGGUGGCAACAGAGACUGAGUUUGAGACAUGAAAUUUUCCAAAGUUUGAGCUGCAAUUUCUAUUGUAAGAUAAGAUUAACUUGUGUAAGACAUUGUGGGUAUGUGAAAUGUAAACAGACUGAUCUAAUACAUUAACCUGUUUACUGCUUGA